AUGUCUGUGGCUGUUCUUGGCGUCCUGAUAAAAAUAAAGUUGAUCAUUUAUUGCUUUAAGAGACUCCUACUGUUUAACAAAUACAAACACAUUCAACUAGAAAAACAGAAAAAGCGUGGGAAAAAUAAGGUAACAAAAGAAACAUCAUCAUCAGCAGCAGGGGGUACACGUGAAGAAUCCGGUUCCUAUGAUGGACCCGUUAAAAAAAACGUCCAAACGAAAACGGUUUAUUUUAUUAGACAUAGUGAAUCAAUAUGGAACAGCAUAUUUAACAAAAAGGUAACAACCAAGAAUUUUUUAAACAUUUUUCUUUUGUUCUUUUACGAAAUGUUUUUUCUAUUUAGUAGAAGGUCCAAUUUAAUUGACUCUCCACUGAGUAAAUCGGGUAUACAGGAGUCUAUCGAAUUAUCCAAAUUUUUAAAAGACAGCAUCGAUGAUAGAGGAAAUGCCGACUUGCUUGUACAAGAAGGACUUAAACAAUUGCAGUUAUUAGAAAAAGCCACGAAGGAGAUGGAUGCCUUCUAUGGUAAACUAUGUGAUGGAGAUUUUGACGCUGUUACCGUGGAAGAAGAAAACUACGUCAGUAUUUGUGAUGAUUUUUAUUAUAGAACAACUGAAGAAGAAAGGAAUUAUGCAAGAAUUUGUGACGGGGAUGAAGAGCUAACUGAAUUAGAAGAGCAUUUUAAAGAUAUUUGUGAUGGAUAUUUUGACGGGUUACUUUACAAAGGAGCUAAAUUCGUGCCUCGUAAAAUUGCAGGAGAUGAAGGUUAUGUCUCAUCCGGCGAAGAGGAUGAAGAAGACUCAUCAGAUGAGGAUGAAGAUAAUUCAUUUAAAAAUUCCAAAUCGACCUUGUCAGGUUUUAAAGCUAAAUUGUUAAAAAAAAUUCCUUCUAAAGGAAAUUUAAAUCCUUGGACAAAAGCUAAUGGAGGAGGACACAGAAUGAGACGCAUGCCUGCUAUGAUGGACCCAGCAUGUGGAUAUUCCACUCCUAAUCUACCCACAGUACCGGGCUCUACGCCAAAUCUAGCAGAAAUUCCAGGUUCUCUACCAAAUGCACCUAUUACGACUAGCUCCAACUCGAAUAUACCUACGAUACCAGGUCCAGGAAUGGACAUGGCACAAACCAUGCCUCCUUCCGUCAGUCAAACACAUGUGAAAGAUUCCUCCAUGAAUGUAGCGCAAAAUAUGCAUCCCCACAUGCCAGAAGGACCAGGUAUUAUGCCGGUUAAUAGGAAACCUUCCCACGCACAAAAAUGUAAAAAGGGAAAGAAAAAAAAACAAAAACUCAAAAAGGUAAAAAAAAGGAAAAAAGGAAAUAAACAAAAAAAUGCAAGUGAAAAGGGAAAAACACACAAAACCAUAGGGAGCGAAUUGGAAACUGUAGAAUUGCAAGAGGAAUGUGUUUUGGGCGAUGAGGAUGAUUAUGAUGAUGAGGAAUAUGAAAAUGAAAAUGAAGAGGAGCACGAAGAGCAAGAUAUGACAGCUAAGGCCGAUACAGAAAGUCUGCUGCAAGAGAAAUGUAAUGAACCCAUGGAGGUGAGCCCCGAACCGAUACGUACCGAAGACGCACUCGCAGCUGCACCUGAAGCGGGUCCAACAGAAAUGUCUACACCUAAAGGAGAUACUAUAACCGAGGAGACUGCACCCAAAGUAGAGGAACCCAAGGAUGUCAAAUCUGGCGAUUGCAAAAUUCCACAUUCUGAUAAAGCUGCGGCCAAAGGUCCCGGACUUGGGAGAUAUCGGAGGAGAGCAUCCACGGGUUCUACCGAUCAAAUAUCAACCUUUGGAGGGCGAACAGCAAGCAGCUCUAGCACCGUAGAUACCAAACAAGGAAGUAAACACAGCAGUACCGUAGAAUUUCCGAAGAAAAGACAUCUGAAAUUAAGAUGGAUUGGCAUUCGGAAGGGUUUCCGUCAUAGCAGAAGUAACUCCAGUCUCAAUGAUGAAGAUUUCUCUGAUAGAUUACUUAACGUCGAUCCUGCCACCAGUACCUCCAAAAUGAAUGAACAAUAUUUUGAUGGUUUGGUAAGUAUAAAUAGUAUUGACAGCCAACUUGAAGAGCUAAAGUGCAUAAACAGUGACGAAAAAGUAGAAAAGAAAGGAAAGAAGAAGAAAAAAAAAAAGCAAAAGAAAGAAAAAAAGAAAAAAAAAAAAAAAAUUAUUUUUAGAAGAAAAAAAAAGAAAGAAAAGGAAGAAGUAAAAGAGGAAGUAAAGGAAGAAGUAAAAGAGGAAGUAAAGGAAGAAGUAAAAGAUGAAGUAAAGGAAGAAGUAAAAGAAGAAGUAAAAGAAGAAGUAACAGAAGAACAGGAAGAAAAGGAAGACGAAAGGGAAGACGAAAACGAAGAUGAAAAAGAAGACGAAAGAGUAGACGAAAACGAAGAUGAAAAAGAAGACGAAAAAGAAGAUGAAAUGGAAGACGAAAAAGAAGAUGAAAUGGAAGACGAAAAAGAAGAUGAAAAAGAAGAGAAGGAAGAGGAAGAAAGCUCCGGCAACUUAGAUGCCUUCGAAGGUGAAGUUGGCAUACCACCGGAAUAUCUUGAUGAACAAUACAAAUCAGAAAAUAUGCCUAGCAUGAGUAUAAAGGAACACAUCGAUGUUCUUAAUAACACCAAAUAUAAAAGUGUUGUCUUAUGUUCCGAUUUAAGAAGAGCCAUUACAAGUUGUUUCAUUGCUAUGGAGGAUCGGUUCAAAACAUCUGGGGAAUAUGUAUAUGUGCUAAAGUCACUACAGGAACUUAGUAGAAAUGCAGACUCAAUUACUUUGUACAAUUUCUACCAUAAGUAUGUUACCCCCACGACUAAGAAUUACGUUAGUCAAGAUGUUGAUGCUUUGAUAAAGGAGAAAGUUAAAAUGGCUGAAAAAAAACAUCAGAGUAGAUUCCAGGAUACCCUCUCGUACAUUUUUGGUGAUCCAAAUAAUAUCUUCAUCAUUUUUGGUCACAGUGUGUGGUUUCAAAGUUUCUUUAAAAGCUUCUUAAAAGCACCACACAAGGCAAGAAAUCACAAAAUGAGAAAUUCCAGUGUUGUCGUAUUUAACCUCAGCAAAUAUGAAGAUGAGGACGGAGAGGAACAAUAUGAAAUUGACCACGAAAGUGUUAAGGUUCUUUACAAGGGUUUCGAGAAAAAGGCCUACUGUAAGGACUAA